CUGAACCGCAACAGAGUCCCAAUUAAGCAAGCAGAAUCAAAAUCUUGGCUUUGCUGGGUCACGCGGCUAAGCCGGAAGCGGGCUGGUGGCAGUGGAGCGUCAUCUAUCCGCGUCAUCAGCGCUCCUCCGACCCAACCACGUACGUUGCAUACGUACGCCAAAUCAAAUUUGCAUUGCCCCAGGCCUUUCAACUCCCGUUCGGGAUUGAUUCAGGGUGAUGAGGGUGGAGAGAGGUGCGAGUACGAGGGGCAGUUGAACUGUAGAGGACAAGCCUAUACUCUGCACAAUUUGCACUCUAUACCGUGCUAACACUUCAACUCCCUUUUAUUGGGGGGACCAGACAUCAAGUUGGUGACGACAGCUUCGACGUUGUGGGGCCGUCUUCUCCCCCCAGCGCCUUACCCGGAGCAACUUGCACGACGUCUCCACGGUCGUUUUACACAGCGCUUACGAGAAGAAAAAGAGAAAAAGUCAAUGGUCCACUCGUGGGCCGCUGACUGGCCGAGGAACAAAUGAUGAACCUGUCAAUCUUCCCGGCUGGCCCGCGGUGCGCCAAAGCCGCCCAGUGAAGGCCUCGCAAACCAAAUUAGUGCUGGCUGGGGGGAGUGCAUACGACAUCCAUCGCCUCUCCGGCACGGCCGCCGCAUAGAUGUCUUCAUACUAUUAGACCCCCAUUGUCCCCGUCCUUUUUCUCUUCCUUGCCCAUAGCUUCACACCUUGCCGUCCUAUCCUACUCGGAGGUAUACUCACCAUUUCGACUUUACUCAAAACUCCCGACGGCGUCACGGCAUUCUCCACACGAUUCCGAGCUUCCAUUUCUAGCGCAUUCCUCGGGAACCUGCAGCGGUGAAGAUCGUGCCGAUCAGACGAAAGUGAAAGGCGGCAUCCCGAUCCCAUACAUUCCAAUCGGGGAGCUCGGCGGAUUAUCGGUGGACGGCGAACAAGCAUGAAGAAUUCCUGGGUUUGGUUGGUGACCCUCGCCGUACCGGCGCUAGGGAAGCUGAAUCUCGUUCAGCGGGAUGUUCCAUCGGUGGUCGACAUGAGUAUUCAGCGGAAAGACGUAUCGGAUCCCGUGGCUCGAGACCAAAUACGACGAUCAAAGCGGAGUACAACGGUUUCCCAGGCUCUAGACAAUGAGGAAACUCUAUACUUCUCCAACAUCACAUUGGGAACACCAGAACAAAGCUUGCGCUUGGUUCUAGACACUGGUAGCAGUGAUCUCUGGGUAAAUGCACCUAAUUCGACCCUUUGUGAAAGGAAGACCAACCCUUGCAACGACUCCGGCACCUACGACUCCAGCUCGUCCUCGACCUACACAUUUGUGAGCUCGGACUUUAACAUCACCUAUGCGGAUGGCUCUGGUGCGGCGGGUGACUAUGUCAGCGACACCCUUACAAUUGGCUCGGCGACAUUGAAGGAUUUCCAGUUUGGCAUUGGCUUCACGUCAAGCUCUUCAGAGGGUGUUUUGGGAAUCGGAUAUCCAUCAAACGAAGUUCAAGUUGGCGUGGAUGGGGAAAGUGCCUACGCCAAUCUCCCCAAGGCAAUGGUCAAUAAAGGACUCAUCAAGUCUAGCGCCUACAGUCUAUGGUUGAACGAUCUGGAUGCAAGCACCGGCUCGAUCUUGUUUGGUGGGGUGAACACUAAGAAGUUCCACGGCACUCUGGAGACUCUCCCCAUCCAAAAGGUCGGAGGCGGCUACUCCGAGUUCAUCAUCGCCCUGACUGACGUGACUCUCACCAACUCGUCCGGCACCACCAACUACUCGUCCAGCGCACUGCCCGCCGCGGUUUUGCUCGACUCGGGCAGCUCAUUGACUUAUCUGCCAGACCAGAUUGUGGCCGGUAUCUUCAAUGAUCUGGAAGUCACCUACGAUUCCUCUAGUGGGGUUGGAUAUCUGCCCUGCUCCCAAAGCUCGAAUAACGUCAACGUCUCCUAUACCUUCUCGUCGCCCACCAUCAACGUAGCCAUGAGCGAGCUCCUCCUGGACGUUGGCGACUACUUCUUCAACGACGGCGAGCGCGCCUGCGCCUUUGGCAUCGUCCCCGCUGGUGACAGCAUGGCCGUCCUUGGCGACACAUUCCUGCGCAGCGCCUACGUUGUGUACGACUUGGCCAACAACGAGAUCUCCCUCGCGAACACGAAUUUCAACUCGACGGAGAACAAUGUUCUUGAAAUCACGACCGGUUCGGAUUCGGUUCCCAGCGCUACAGCCGUCGCUAAUCCCGUGACGACCGUGGCUGCUGUAGGCUCCGGAGCGCGCAUUGGUGGCCCCAAUGGAGGCACCGGUAUCUUCUCAUCCGCGACGUCGACGAAGAAUGCCGCCAUGCCCCGGCAAACGAGCAUGUCGAAGCAGCUGGCUCUCGGUCUGGCCGGUGCCGGAGCUUUGUUGGCCUUCUGAAGAGUGGGAGUCGGCCUGGGCAUAGACACGGUUCUAUAUUUCUUUGCCAUUUAGACAUUUUUCGUUGCAUGUUUUUGCGCUGUGUUGGAGUCUAGGGAUACCUGGUCUUGUUAUUGUCUUUACUCAUGAGUACAUAUUUGUCCUUUAUUUAACGUGAUACGAAUUUCAACGAUUGUCAAUAUUUCGCACA